AGCAGAUCUCCCAUUGGAACAGAGCCCUAUCAAUCAAAGCGCUGUCCCGGCCGACAGAGUGACAGAUAAUGGAGUGCUUUCAGGUACGGAGAGUGGACUAGCAGGAAGUGUCAAGGCAGGACGCCAGCGAGGUAAAAGCUGCACGGUAGGGAAGUUAAAACGCAGCAGCUGAAACAUGUCAAGCGAGGUGCGCUACUGUGAAAAGUUUUCGUACCUGUUCCUGAAGGCGACUCUCAUCGUAUACGCCACAGUAUUCUGGCUGAUUGGAGGAUUCAUCCUGGCUAUUGGGAUCUAUGCAGAGGUGGAACGUCAGCGUUACAAGACCUUGGAGGGUGUGUUUCUGGCCCCUGCCAUCAUCCUCGUCGUCCUGGGGCUGGUCAUGUUCUUCAUCUCCUUCAUUGGCGUGCUGGCCUCUCUCAGGGACAACCUCUGUCUACUUAAAGUGUUCCUCUACACGCUGACGAUCUGCCUGAUCCUGGAGCUCCUCGGUGGCAUUCUGGCCAUCGCUUUCCACCACCAGACUGUGGACAUUCUGAACAAAAAUAUCCGGAAGGGCAUGGUGAAUUACUACGACGAUCUGGAUUUCAAGAACAUCAUGGAUUUCGUCCAGAGGAAGUUCAGGUGCUGUGGUGGCCAGGAGUACACUGACUGGCAAGUGAACAUGUACCACAACUGCUCAGCCCCAGGUCCCCUUGCCUGUGGUGUCCCCUACACGUGCUGCGUAUCCAGCAAGCCGGCGGAAGUUGUGAACACUAUGUGUGGGUACCAGGUGAUUCAGAAAGAGCGUCUCCAGUUGCAGCACAUCAUCAACAUCCGUGGCUGCACUGACGCAGUCUUCAUCUGGCUUAUGGAUAACUACAAGAUUAUGGCGGGGCUGCUGCUCGGUAUCCUGCUUCCACAGUUCUUCGGUGUGAUCGUGAGCUGGCUGUACAUCACUCGGGUGGAAGACGCCAUCACUGAGUAUGGCUACCAGCUGGACAGCCUGCUCCAGGAGAGGCAGGCGCGGAAGCAGGGCAAGCUGGCCCGGUGCUGCCGGUGUCUACCCGAGCUGGACUGAGCCUAGGUCUGACAGACCUGGCCUGACCCUCAGCAUGAAUGCUUCUAAUUUCCUCUUGUACAUGUAAAUAUUAGGUACCUCUCUGUAAGGGGCAUUGGUGAUUAUUAACAUGGAAUUACAGUUUGUGCUUUAUAACAAGGAUGGGAGUCCACACUCUGAUGCAGGCGUAUCUGUAUUUUUUGUCUUAGUGGUGGGUUUGGUUUUUUCAAAUCUUUUAAAUUUUGGUUAGUUUCAGAUGAUUAUUAACUCUCAGAAGUAGUAAAUAAGCCACAGGUUAGUGGGUUUUGAGCGCGCAAGCAAGAACCGGAUGUCAUUCAGGGUGCCUGUAUUUUUGACAGUUUUCUAAUGGGUGUAAUCUGCCUUAUUUAAAAAGAGCAUAUGCAGCUGGACUUACAGGCCUGAUCUCAAAACACUCCCAUUUGCACCAUCAGCAGUGCCCAGUAAAGAUCAGCAAGGAAACAUGUAUCUGCACAUGAAAGUAAAGGAGUGUUUUGAUUGGCAUCUUUUUUAAAAGCACUCCAUGCUGUGUGUUUGUCGGGGGUCCCUCCCAUAGAAAGAGAUGCUCCAUGUGCUCCUGUAAGUGGCUCGGUGAAUUAUCAGAGACCUGUGUAAUUUGGGUAAACUUAUGUUUGGAGAUCUGCAAGCUGAAUUCAUUGUGAUGUUUCCGCAGUCUUUUCUCGGGCAGUGCUCAUCACAGCUGUCUAUAAACUGAACCUGGUGAGGAUGUGGGUGAGGUUUCCGAUUAGUGAAAGUAAUUUAUGCAUGCACUGUCUCUCCUCAAACAUCAAAAUGAGUCCUCCUUUAAGGAGAGCCAGAAGGCUGUGUGAUGUAGGAAUGGAGUUUACUGCAAUGUACUUAUUGAGAGCGAAUGUUGCCACAUCAAACCUCAUCUGCCUCAUCUGCCCAACAGACCUGAGGCAGAUGAGGCAUAUUCCAUAAUGCUCUUUGUUUACAAGCAUAUUGCCUCUAACUCAGACCUGAGCAUGAUCCUCUUUUCAGGCACAUUGGUUAAUAUGUUUCCAAGAAACUGCUGCGCUUUGGAGAGCACAAACUCUGCUGCACUGUAAUAGCUCUAAUAUCAGCACUGUAACAUGAAUAUUUUUAUACUGUAGAGCCUAUAUUCCUGCCUAGUGCUCUGUUUUUAUUUUCUAUCAAAGUUGAGUACGACAUGCAAGGUUUAAGCCUGUUUAUUUUUACAUCUGUUUUUUUUGUAAUUCCUCAGUGACUGUUUAUGACAUGUAAAGGUGUAUUGUGGAUGCACGCAAAUGGAAAAAUAAAUGUUUUAAGUGCC